CUCUCGCUUUCUCCCUCCCUAGCUCGAUCGGUAGCUCCCUCCGCCCCUCCCUCCUAGCUAGCAUCCUGCCCUCUGAUCUUGCGGCCACCUCCUCCGUUCCGUCCGGCCUCCGCUACUGCUACCUUUUUGCUCCCCUCUAUCCUCACACCGUGGCCAUUAUAUAUACCUCAGCUCGCUGCAACUGCCUCCACCAAAAAACCUAGCUAGCAAGCCAUACUCAUCAGCUAGCUCACACUGCUACGUACCCUCAGAUCGAGCUAGCUAGCUUUCUUCAAGUGCGAGCAUGUCGUCGAGCAGCCGGAGGUCACGCUCGCGGCGCGCGGGGACCUCGGUGUCGUCGUCAUCGUCGAGGUCGAUCUCGGAGGACCAGAUCUCCGACCUCCUCUCCAAGCUGGAGGCACUGCUCCCCGACGCCCAGGCCCGCAAUGGCGCUCAAAGGGGGCCGGCGUCGAGGGUGCUGCAGGAGACGUGCAGCUACAUCCGGAGCCUGCACCGGGAGGUGGACGACCUCAGCGAGACGCUCGCCGCGCUGCUCGCCUCCGACGCCGUCACAGCCGAACAGGCCGCCGUCAUCCGGAGCCUCCUCAUGUGAUCCACCCCUCCAACCAUCCAUCCAGUGGCUACGAUACCAAGCUCGCUCCGCCGGCGCAUGCGUACGCCGUCCGUGGCGCCCGGCGGAUGAUCAUACUCCGAGCUAGCAUACCUGGCCGGCCUAGCUAGCUAGCUCGUGUACGCGCGAGCUUCUCUUUCAGAUUUUCUUUCUUUGCAUUGUUUGGUUGAUUAGUUCGACCGGUCCGAGCCUGGAUUGCGAGAGGUUUUGGACAGCAUGGUCAGUGGUUUUAAUUAAUCACACGCGAGAUACUGGCACUGUGCGGUACACUGCUGGUAUCUACUCCUAGCUAGUACGAGCGCGAGAGCUUCGUCACGGUGCUGUACACUGAAAAGCCAAUGACUGUGUGUUGUUUAGUGUGUGCACGAGAGGGUGCUUUAUUAGUUUUUGGUACUACUUGACUCUCUUGGAUGGCUUCUCUUUCUUUGAUGGGCCACACGCUUGAUAAUUGCAGCUACCGCUCUUGGAUGUAUGUAUGCUUGUGUGUGUGUAUACUCUCUGUAGUAAGCGUCGUGUGUACGUUUUGCUUGAGCUAAUUUUAGAGUUCAAUUAAAGGCAAUGAUUUGUAAGCUGAUCAUAAUAAAUUGUGAUGCCUAUUGAAAUCAA